AUGGUUGAAAUUAGAUUAAAAAAAAACAAUUCGGUUUGCGAAUUUCGCCUAGAUUUUAACGAAAUAAAACUCCCAGAUGAUAUAAAUAUAUUAAAAGAUUUAGAAAAAGAAACUGAGAAUUCAAUUUAUCAUUUAAAAAGAUCGAAUGAAGAAAUAAAAGAAUUUGAUCCAGAAGGUAAUGAUGAAGAUCUUUUUUUAGCAUUAAAUGAAAACAAAUUUGCUCUAAGUAGAAAAGAAGAACGAUUAAGAUUGAUUAGAAGCAAAAUUCAAAAUAUAGAAUCCUUAUGUGAUUCUGGUAAUGUAAAAACUGUUCAAACUUAUCUUCUUAAUAGUAAAAAUGAAGACGCAAAAACAGAUGUAUUGGAUGACGAAAGUUGCGAAACCGAUGAUAAAAAUAUUUCUUUAGAAAACUGUGAUCAAUCAAACAAUAGUUUUAGUAAAGAAAAGGACACCAAUCACAUACUUGAGAACACUGAUCAAAGGGAUUCUCAAAAGAGUUUGAAUUUAAAUGGAACAAAUGGUAUUUAUUUAUAG